UAUAGGUAGUAGCUCAAUUCCAAAUUUCUUUCGCAUCAUGAAGCGACAGUUUACUGAAACAGAGUGGGAUGUAAUCACAUCUAUGAGUAAUGAAUGGAUGCAGCUGGAUAUGUUUCAUCGACACUGGGCCUUAAAGGAAAGCUUCUUAAAGGCUGUUGGGGUCGGAAUUGGCUUUAACUUGCAAAGAAUUGAAUUUAAUGUGUGCCCAUUGCAACUGGAAAUAGGGAAGGUGUAUAAAGAGACAAAAAUGCUUCUGGAUGGAGAUCAAGAAGAGGAGUGGACAUUUGAGGAAACCCGGUUAGAUGACCAUCAUCAUGUUGCGGUGGCUCUUGGGAAACAGGAGACAUUUGGACAGAAGCAUUCCAAUGAAUAUUCCAUGGAGCCUAGCCAACCACAGUUUACAUUAUUGACAUUUGAGGAUUUAGUUGCAUCUGGCAUUCCAAUUGCACCUGAGGAUUCUGCAUAUUGGGAUAACUUUUGUUCUAGGGAGGAGAGUCCAAUGAAAGAGAAUUCACAUUCAAAAUCAGAAUGCUUAUAA